UACCCACAGUAUCUCAUCACUUGCUCACUGGAAAUGCUUCAGAUGGGCUUCUUAUAGUAGCAGAAAUGCAAUUCCUAACGUUUCAAUUUAGACAUCCUGUGCGUCUUUAGUGUGGAGAAACUUGGAACAAAUGGGAUGCGCAUAUUUUUGCAGGGAUCAUGAUUUAUUUGUUGUUGUUUUUUUUUAUUUAUACAUUUAUUUUGAGGAAUGAUGGUCUCCAUACGGACUGAAAAUUCUUAUUUGCGAGCUUUGUUUUAAAACAGACCCAAAUCCAAGACGAACUGCUGCGCUUUACCUAGAACGGAGAGCUUUCCGUGCUGCGAGAUCUAAGAAACGACGCGCUGGGCGCUGGAUCCCAUCAAUUUGAUGAAGAAAGUUCUUCCUUUGCAGUCGACUGGAUUUUUAAAAGAUUCCUUGACAGAGGUUUGAGGGUUAGAUACCUGCCUCUGUGGACAUAUAAGCUGCGGACGAGCGCUUACGAACAAGUCUCUGGCUCAGGCAGAUCUUCUGAUGACCUAAUGGAACUGAAUUUACAAGCAGUACUGUUUUGGGUCGUGGCGCUGCACUUUGGCUCUGCCGACGGCAGUAUCCUCUAUCGAGUCCAGGAGGAGCAGCCCCCCAACACUCUCAUAGGCAGCCUGGCAGCAGACCAGGGGCUGCCAGAUUCAGGUCACCUCUACAAGUUAGAGGUGGGCGCCCCUUACCUUCGAGUUGAUGGGAAGACAGGAGACAUUUUCACUACAGAGAUUCCAAUAGACAGAGAGACCCUCCGGGACUGCCGUUCCCUUGCUAAAGGCAAGCCAUGCUAUUUGGAAUUUGAAGUGUCAGUAACCGAUCUGAUACAGAACCAGAGCCCACGACUUAUUGAAGGACGCAUUGAAGUACAGGACAUCAAUGACAACACCCCGCAAUUUCCCUCUUCUGUGCUCACCAUCUCAGUACCUGAGAACACAAUCAUGGGGGCAUUAUUCUCCAUACCUUUAGCCACUGACAGGGAUUCUGAGAGGAAUGGAGUGGCUGACUAUGCGCUGACUGCAGGCCCAGAUGCAGCAACCCUAUUUGGUUUACAAGUGGCUGAUGACAGGGGAGGGAAACUCCCACAACUCAUCGUCCUAGGCAAUUUGGACCGUGAGUUAAAGGAUUCUUAUGACCUCACUAUCAAGGCAGUGGAUGGAGGAAACCCUCAGCGCUACAGCAGUGCUCUGCUCAGAGUGGUUGUGACCGAUGCUAAUGAUAACUUGCCCAAGUUUGAAAAAUCCUCAUAUGAUGCAGAAGUUUCAGAAAACAGUCCGGUGGGGCACUCUGUGUUACAGGUCAAAGCAAAUGACUCUGACAUGGGCCCUAAUGGAGAAAUUGAAUACACCAUUCACCAAGCAGUCGACCCAGUGCCAAAACUCUUACGAAUUGAUCGAUCUACUGGCAUUAUCUAUGUCAAAGGACCUCUGGACAGAGAGGAAAUCAGCAGCUUGUCUUUCUAUGUGGUGGCAAGAGAUAAAGGUCCUCAACCUAAGAGCUCUAAGACGUUCGUAACUAUUGAGGUGACUGAUCAAAAUGACAAUGCUCCCGCAGUGGAAAUUCGUGGAAUUGGUCUUGUGACUCACAGUGAAGGAGUGGCCAAUAUUUCAGAGGACAUGCCAGUGGGGACAGCUGUUGCUUUGGUCCAGGUUUCUGACAAAGACGAAGGAGAGAAUGCUGUGGUUACUUGCGUGGUUGCAGGAGAUGUUCCCUUUCAACUUCGCCCUGCCAGUGACUCUCCCACUGACAACAAAAGAAAAUACUUUCUUCAGACAACUACACCACUUGACUUUGAGAGAGUCAGGGACUACAGAGUAGAAAUUGUUGCGGUGGAUUCGGGAAACCCAGCACUAUCCAGUACAAACUCCCUAAAAGUGCAGGUGACCGAUGUGAAUGACAACUCACCAAUAUUCUCCCCAACAUUGUUUGAGGUAGACUUUGCUGAAGAAAACCAACCAGGUGAGAGGAUUUUAGAUGUCACUGCUACAGAUGCUGACAGUGGCACAAAUGCCCAACUCUUGUAUAACAUUGUGGCGGACUCAACCAUUAAAGCUUUGUUUGAGAUCGACCCCAACUCAGGGGAAGUAAGAGCUCGAAGCCCACUGGAUCGUGAAAAUAAUGAGCGGUAUGAGUUUCGAGUCACAGCUGCAGAUAAAGGAUCGCCUGUUCACAAGGGAACAGCAACAGUUGUGGUAAAAGUUCUUGAUCGCAAUGACAAUGAGCCAAAGUUCAUGCUUAGUGGCUACAGCUUUUCAGUAUUGGAAAACAUGCCUCCCCUGAGUCCUGUCGGUAUGGUGACAGUUCAAGAUAUGGACAAAGGUGAGAAUGCUCAAGUUCACCUCUCUGUAGAACCUGAUGGGGGGAAGUUUGUUGUUCAGAAUGGAACAGGUACUAUUCUUUCAAGCAUCUCAUUUGACAGAGAAAAAGAAAGUAGCUAUACUUUCCGUUUAAAGGCUGUGGAUGGGGGAGAACCGCCCAAGUCUUCUUAUGUUGGUGUCACCAUUAAUGUACUGGAUGAAAAUGACAAUGACCCUGUUAUUACAAAGCCCUCCAAUUCUUCCUUCAGGCAGUUAUCACCUCUAGCAUCCCCAGACAGCCAUGUUGAAGUGGUGGAGGCUGAAGACCUGGACAGUGGACCGAAUGCAGAGCUAGUCUUCAAUAUUGCUGGAGGAAAUCCUUACCAAUUAUUCCGCAUCUCUCCCACAACUGGAGAGAUUACUCUAGCAAAGGAGAUGACCCGCAAACAUGGGGGACUGCAUCGUCUAGUAGUGCGUGUAAGUGACAGGGGAAAGCCUUCACGCCAUGCUACUGCCCUGGUUCACAUCUAUGUCAAUGAAACAAUUUCAAAUGUCAGCUUAGUGGAAUCCCUGGUUGGACACAGUCUUUAUACUCCACUAGACAGGGACAUUGCUGGUGAUCCUGACAGUGGUUUUGCUGCACAUCGCAGUAACAUUUUGUUUGGCAGCCUUGCCGGUGUGGCAGGAGUUGUGAUGUUGAUCUUGGUUGUAGUCUUUAUCCGCCACCGCAUUCAGAGAGAAACAAAGAGUGGCUAUCAGGCAGGUAAAAAAGAAACAAAGGAUCUGUAUGCCCCCAAGCAGGCACCAAAGAAUGCCAAAGGUAAACGAGGCAGAAAAGGCAAGCCCCCGAAGUCCCCAAAGCCCCUUGGAGAAAAUGAAGAGGUUGGCCUUCAAAAGGGUCUGAAGUUCAACCUUGAUGGAGUCAAUGAUAGCCCCCGGAUACACCUGCCCUUAACAUAUUCACCAGGAAGCCCAGAUAUCGGCAGACAUUACCGCUCCAACUCUCCCUUACCUUCAAUUCAACUGCAAGCCCAAUCUCCCUCAGCUUCUCAGAAGCACCAGGCUGUGCAGGACCUCCCAGCAGCCAACACUUUUGUCGGAACUGGAGGAGAUGACAACUCUACCGGCUCAGACCAGUACUCAGAUUACAGCUACAAGACCAGCCAACCCAAGUAUAGCAACAAACAGCAUCCCCAUCGUCGUGUGACCUUUUCUACCACCAACCCAGUGCAGGACCUGCAGGACGCCUCACAGCACAGCUACUAUGACAGUGGCUUGGAAGAGUCGGAGACCCCCAGCAGUAAGUCUUCAUCUGGUCCUCGCAUCGGACCCCUGACCCUGCCCGAGGACCACUACGAGAGGACCACCCCAGAUGGCAGUAUCGGAGAAACAGAACACCCAGAAAACGAUAUCCGCUCUCUCCCUGAUGUGGCGAUGACCGGAAACUGCACAACUGAGUGCAGUGAAUUGGGUCAUUCAGAUGCCUGCUGGAUGCCAGGCCAUCCCUCCCCUGUGCGUAAGACCAGGAAUCCCCCCAAGCUCUCCACAUUCGUGCCUUACCAGGAGAGAGGGAGUCUGGGACGCCUGGCCAACGGCAGCGCCAGGCUGAGUGGUGAGGAGCACCGGUCGCGCCUUCCACCCUCUCGCAGUGCCUAUUCCAGCACCGGCCAAGAUGCCAAUCAGGACUGCCCUGUAGAGGAGAUGCCCCUGAGUGUUGCCUCUGAGUUCCCACCCACAUCCCCAUCGGCCCACACCCCUAAACGAGAGAUUUACCUGUGAGAAACAGAUUGGUACCCAAAUAAAGAAAGCUACACCCACUUCAGACGGAGAAUAAAAUAAACUGUCCACACACAGCCUGUGUCCAGGUUGUAAGCAACGAUCGGUCGUGGCUCUUUUAUUCACUGGCAUGAACACUCAUCAUUUCUUACUCAAAUUAUCUGCUCAUCAGCAAAUCCUGGAAUGAUUCCACAAAAAAAAAAAAAAAUUGACGCACCCCCUCAUUUAUUUAUUGAAGCUCUCAACAGUUGCAAUCCAGAAGGUUAGAUAAGAAAUGUAAGUGGAAAUAGCUACUUUAGCAGUGACAAUUCUUGUUGUAGUUAGACAAGACCCAGUAUGUGAAGUGAGUUCUUGAAAGUUGUGAUCAGUGCUCUUGUGCCAUUUCUAGCUAUUAUUCAAUAAACAUCUAAUUUGGCCAUAUUAGUAGACAUAACACUUAAGACCAGGAGUUAGAUCAUAAGGUCUUCUUAAUGUACAGAGCUGUAAAUACAUUUGAAUGGUGUGUUCUGCAUAUUUUUUUCUGGCAUAACCUGCAAAGAACGCCUCUGGAUUUUAGCAUAUUUAAGCUAUUCUUUACUGUUGCUGUUUAAACUUGACUGAAACCAUCGAAAGAGACUAGGUAUUGUGGAAAGCAUUUAUCUGCUCCACAAUAUCAUGUGCGUGAGCGCACACAUACCCACACCUAUCCCUACACACCUUUGACCCCUAAUCAUAGUAGAAUGGCCUUUACCUCCGCUCCCUGUAGAGCUCCGCCACUGGUGGAGAAAGCUGUGUGGCAGCAUUUAAAGCGACAUCAUGUCCCACUGACUCGCAGCACUGUGACCUGUCGUUCAUCAUGAAAACGGUUGACUUGGCCACAGAACCCGAAGGGUUACGAUGACCAAAUGCAGAGUCCUCGCCAGACACAUUCUGAGUGGCUUUUUGCUCCCUAUUAGAGAUUACACCAGUGCACCAUUUGGAGAAGGUUCCUCCGUGUUGAGACAAUCAGAUGGGCUUCACAUGCAAGACACAAGUUGUUCUCAUUCCAUAACCUCACAUUACAUAAUAUUGAUAGAAAUCUAACGAAUGCCUAAGGGUUCAAAUUAAAUAAAAGGGCGCUUGAGUUUUAAGGUGCAGAGGGGUGUUAUUACAAUAACAACACUGAAUAACAUACCGACGUAAACCAGAUAGAUCCUGAAUUUAGACAAUUUAUUUUUUGAAGGUAUUCCAUCACAAUGAAUAGGCUUGAAUGGACAAUUCAGUUGAUAGUUUAAAAUAAGAAUAAUCUUUACGUGCAAAGUUGUUGCAGUAUGGACGUUCAUUGUACAAAGUCUCAAUGUGGGCCUAUAAAACCAUAAAAUAAUUUUACAUUUAAAUUUAAACAAAAUAAUGAACUUGAAGUCAGUAUCUCAGUGCAAAACUAUUUACAAUUUUUUAAAGAAAUUGAGUAACUAGUUAAAAGUAAUGCAAUUUAUUAAAACAUACUUUGCCUGUUGUCUAAAUAAACAAUCUCCGCUGUAGUCUAAAUAUACAGAAAACACUGGUGGUGGCACUGCUUUGUCUGAAACCAUUAAAUAUAUCAGAGGAUGACUGUCUUGAGUUUCAUCAACCUUACAAUCAAAUUUAAUCAGCUUCCGUAUACCUACAGUAUUUAAGACAACUAUCCUCAUACUGAAACACAGUUGGACCUGUGUUAUGCUGUGAUGGCAGACUUCUGAAUCAGUUUACAAAAUAACUGUUAGACACAGUAAAGCUACAAAAAAGUUUACAAAAAGAGAUUCGGCAAAAAAGCUUUUAGAUGUGCAAAAGUGAUAUAGAAAUACCCUGAACUCACUUUAUUGCAGCAAAGGUAUUUCUGAAGACUUUACAUUUUCAGACGUCUCUGACUUUUGAAAACCAUAGAUUCUUGUUUAUCCAGUUCGCAAAGAUGUACUGCUACACUGCAUAAUCACAAUAAACCUCAAACAUUUAAAUCUAAACUAAAAAACAUAAAGGUACACAGUAUGUAACACUUACAAGGCCUUGUAUCAAUCAAUCAAUCAAUCGAUUAUGUAUAGCACAGGGUAUAACCUAAACAAGAGAUGAAAUGCAUUUAGGUUUAGUUUGUCAUUGCUGUUAAUUCAUUAAUUAUAAUAAUGAAUAAUCAUUUUAAUAUUAGUAACCCAAUUUCUGCUGUUAAUCAAUCAAUUAUAUAAGUCAUUUUUGAUUAAUUAUUUAGUAUGUUGAUUUUUUUGAUAUCCUAAGCAAAGUGUAAAACAUGUCAUGCCAGUAAUAUUUUCUGGUAAAUUCAGAGGAUAUGUUUGAAGGACACUUGUGUUAGUAGGUAAUUGGAUGUUAAUGAUGACUCCACUAACUUGCGCAAGAACAUUGCAUCGCUAUUCUGUGUCUUUGAUUUAAACAUCAAUUUGAUUAGAUUUGUAGAUACCUUUCACCUCUGCAGGCUAUUUCCAUAGUGAGAUUGUGCCUCUGAGUGAGGCUGAAGGAGCCGAGAAUGGACAUUUCCUAAUUAGGGUGAGUAAUGAGUCUUGAGCGGGGGCAUGUGUGAGCAAACCCCCAGGACAAAGCACCCACCAGACAAUGCAAAUCCACCCACAGAGCUACAACAUUUAAAGCGGGGGUAUUUUUAGCAGCACUUACCUCAUCAGACUGCCCACUGCAAGCUGCAUUUUGUCGGUUUAAAAAAACAAAACAUAUGGAGAUUACUGGACAUGGCUGUGAUUAAAUAAGCUCAGCAGAUAUCCAGCCUUGAGGGGGAGAAAGCUCAUUAUGCCACUUUUAAAGCCAUUUAGCAACUGAAAUAAAAAUUCAAACAAGCCAUGAUACACUGUGAUUAACCUCCCUCCCCCCAGCCCUCUAAGAUCUGUGGAUUCACCAACUAAAAGCAGCGGGUAAGAUCACUGACCUGGAAUUAAUAACAAGUGAGAAAGAUGGCAAUGAGUGAUAAAAUGACUGUCAUGAAGCCACAGGUGUAAAUUUGUCUAUCUGGAUCUUUUCACGCAAUUCAGAUUCGCCAACGGGAUUACAUCUUCUUCCUUUUCGAGCCUAGGUAUCUCUGAAGAAAUCUGGAAAUAACCCGAGGUCUGCUUGAUUACUAAUAGACAAGGACAUGGGUACUAAGACAUAGUUUAUAAAGAAGACAAGAUACAUAAUCUUUUACUUUUCUGUCUGGCACUUAUAUAAACUAAACCUUUCCUGUUAAAUGUCAGUUAGCAAAAACAAAGUGCCAAAAUACUGAGAUAAGCAAUCUUUUAUCUCUCUUUUUUUUUAUAUAUAUAUAUUCUGAAUUCUACAUUUAGAUCAUAUGUUACAACACCUAAAAGACCAUGAGCCACAGUGUAAUUAGAUUUUAAAAAAGAACAAAUGAGUAAAUAAUGAACAGCAUCGUGAACAGGUUUGUGGAUGUCCACAAAUCUGGUUUAUUGAUUAUCUAUUGUUAUCUAUUUAGUAAAAGGGUUCCAUAGGGAUCUGUUCAAUCAGAUACACAAGUAAAUUGACUAAGGAAUAUCCAGCGAUCUUAUUUUUGUGGAAAGUAAAAAAUUUUGCAAUCCAGGAAAGAAUUCGCUUUGGUUAAAAAUGUUUAGAUCGACCUCAAAACGAAAGCCUUAUGGAGAUGUUUGCUAGCAGCUGUACACAGGGGCAAAGACUGUAAUCAUUCAAGGCAUGCCCUGUAGCCUGAGAGAAAAAAAAAAAAAAAGAAUGAUUAUCUAUGUACUCCCUCCCAUUACUUUGCCAUUUAACAAAUAGACUUCAUUUUGGUAGUCCGAACUGACCUUAUGGAGGAAAGGUUUAAAUUAUUUACUGCCAAACAAUAAGAAAAAAUCCUGAUUUGUAAUAAUUAGUUGCUUAGCCAAUUGCACUGAUAGGAGUCUGUUUUAAUAUAAAAGGAAAACAGAAAAUAACCCCAUUUCUACUUUGAUAAGUGGAGCUAUUUUCUGCAGCAGAAUGUACCUCUUACUGCUCACUUCUGGAAAACAUAUCGCCAGGUUUGCCCUUUCUUUUGAACUUGAGGUAAAUGAACUGUGUUGAAACCGCUGCUUCUCUUGAUAAAGGUUUGCAGCAAAGCACCAUCUGAAAUGUGUUUGAUAAUGUUUAAUUUGUACUUUUACAUUGAUUUAAUGUUGCAUUCACUUGAGUAUAUUUUGCCUCUGUAAUGUGUAUUGUAUGGUGAUCAUUUCUGUGCACAGAUAAAGAAAUUACAGUAACAAAAUUGAUUUCAUUUUCUUUCUUUUUACCGCUGGUCAAAGACUCUCUGCUAACUGGCUGUGUGAAAAAAUGAAAUCUGUCGGUGGCAUUAGUGUACAUAGGUCCUCAAGACCCCGAGGCUGCUGUUCAGUGAGCGGCAACUUUUAGCAUGAAUCCCAAAGAUGAUUGGUAGAAAACUGUUUACUCGUUAUAGUUUUAUUCGACGUCCCACUACCCCAGACGAACUGAAAUCGACUGAACAUUUCAUCUUUUUUCCGCAGUUCAUAUAAUACAAAGACUAUUGCCUUGAAAAUAUGUCUUUGCAAGAGAGAAUCUAGUUGUUAUCCUAAAUGUUGGUAUAUUUAUAUAGGAUAAAAUGCUUGUGAUGCCAUGUUUUUGUACAGUUUUAUGUACAUACAAGUGAAGCUUUCUAAAAGUUUUGAGAAAAGCCGAUGGCAUAUAAAAAUUGUAACAUGUAUUGAGAUGUGCACAUCUUGCCUUGGUUGGAUUGACCUUUGCUGAGUCAGUGUGAAUGUGGCCGUUCUAUGCCUGCACUGUAGUCAUUCACCGGCUCCCACUUCUUGAGGACUUAAUCAGUUUUUCUGUUUAUUGUGAACAGUGGAUCGUCUUCUCUUACCGGUUUGUUAAACUCCUGUGUUCUGCUUUGUUCUCUUUCCGCAUGUUGGCAAAUUCUCUUGUAAUACUGUAAGUCCUCAUGAACUUUGUAAUAAAAUCACU